CUUGUUCCCUUAUAAAUAGUGGUGCAGAAGAUACAUUUGUGAUCACCAUCUCAAAGCGCCUCUUUAUUCCCCUUUCAUCUUGAGCUUAAGUACUAGAGAAAAAUUAAGGAUGUCUUGCAGCUGUGGAUCUGGAUGCAGCUGCGGCUCAAACUGCACCUGCGGCAAGAUGUACCCUGACUUGGCAGAGAAGAGCGGCGGCACCCAGCAGGCCACCACCAUGAUCCUCGGCGUUGCGCCUGCUAAGGCCCAGUUUGAGGAGGCCGCCGAGUCCGGUGAGGCCGGCCAUGGCUGCAGCUGCGGCGCCAACUGCAAGUGCGACCCGUGCAACUGCUAAGAUGCACGCGACGCGCUGCUGCUUGUGGUGUGUGUUUGUGUGAUCUCGACUGAAUAAAAGGGACACGGUACAUCCGGGGUUGGUUGGUGCUCGAGUCGAGUGUGCAAGGUUGUGUGGUUUGCCAGCUCUUGGUGUGUGUCUCCUUGUGCUCAUGUGACUUGUGAAACCAUUAAUAGUAACCACUUUGUGCUUGUGUGUGUGUGGGCACCUGUGUUUCUGUAAUGGUCUAUCUGGAGUGAAUAUAUACAAGACAGGUUUGCCUAA